AUCCGAGUAGCCAUAGCUUCGAAGGAAGCUGUCAAAAGGAAGAGGGCACGAGGGAUUUGGCCUCGUAUCACGGCUUCUUGCCUGACGAAUAACAAGCGGAAAAAGGGUCAUCGUCACUCAUCCUCCAUUGGGCUGAAAAGGUGAAUUGUCAGGAGGUCGCAUAUGGACUCGGCGUCAUCCAUUGCAAAUCGCAAGUCCCUCCAUUGAAGAAGGAAGUGAAGAGGAAUUGUGCAGGCGCGGCCAAUGAAUUGGGAUUACUGGCUCUCUCCGAGUUGAGUCUUGUCUUUGCUGAGACCAAAGUUAGUGCUUUUGAAAUGCGAGUGACGACGCCACUGCGAGCAACAAUCCAAACCAUUAGAGAAAAAAAAUGGGCUCCCGUUGGAUUCCCAUGUGGAAGGCACGAAGCAGACUCGGCAGAGCUCCAGAGAUGAUGACGCAUAAGUAGCCGCCCAAGGAGAGACUAAUCGCUGCUGUUGCCACGUGCUGAGCGAUAGGUCCUCGCAAACGGUGACUCUCGGUUUCAUUUGACGCCAUCAAUCAAUUCAUUCCACUCCGAAGGUCGCUACCAUCUCUGUCUCUCUGUCAGUCUCGGGCUCGGCGUCGCUAGCGUUAACUCUGGAGAAAUGAAGCUGAGUCCGAGAGAGGUGGAGAAGCUGAGCCUUCACCACGCUGGUUUCCUCGCGCAGAAGCGCCUCGCUCGCGGACUCCGGCUCAAUUAUACAGAAUCGGUCGCCCUCGUUGCAGCGCAGAUUCUGGAGUUUGUUCGAGAUGGUGACAAAACUGUUGCAGAUUUGAUGGACAUGGGGAAACGGCUUCUUGGGAGGAGACAAGUUCUUCCGGCUGUUCCACAUCUUUUGGAGACCGUGCAGGUUGAAGGGACCUUUCCUGAUGGGACUAAGCUAAUCACUGUUCACGAUGUGAUUUGUAGAGAAGAUGGGAAUCUUGACCUUGCCUUGCAUGGCUCUUUUCUACCUGUACCUCCAUUGGAGAAAUUUUCUUAUAUUGAAGAAGACAAAGUUCCUGGAGAAGUCAUCUUUGGCAACGGGAAUGUAGUAAUAAAUCGUGGAAGAAAGGCAGUUAUUCUCAGUGUGGCCAACACAGGAGACAGGCCAAUUCAGGUGGGCAGUCACUAUCACUUCAUUGAGGCGAAUCCAUUUCUGGUCUUUGAUAGGAAGAAAGCAUAUGGCAUGCGGCUUAAUAUACCAGCAGGCACUGCUACAAGGUUUGAGCCAGGAGAAACUAAAAGCGUCAUACUUGUUAGCAUUGGAGGUAGGAAGGUAAUCAGAGGAGGAAAUGGCUUCGCUGACGGCCCUGUUGAUGAUGCCACAUGCUCAGCAGCAGUGGAAACUCUGUCCUCCAGAGGAAUCAGAAAUCCAGAAGAAGUAGGAGCCAGUGCAGGUAUUACUGGAGAAUCCUUGACUUUCACAAAAGUUAUAUCUUGUGAGGCAUAUGCUAACAUGUAUGGCCCCACAACUGGUGAUAAGAUACGGUUGGGUGACACUAACUUAUAUGCUGAAAUUGAAAGAGAUUGUGCUAUCUAUGGCGAUGAAUGUGUAUUUGGUGGUGGAAAAGUCAUAAGAGAUGGAAUGGGCCAGACAUGUGGAUAUAAACCGGCUGAUUCUCUGGAUAUUGUUAUAACAAAUGCUGUGAUCAUUGACUAUACCGGGGUUUUUAAGUCGGAUAUUGGCAUUAAAGAUGGUAUAAUUUUUGCCCUCGGAAAAGCAGGCAACCCUGAUACGAUGGAUGGUGUAUCUCCAAAUAUGGUUGUUGGGGCAAAUACCGAGGUUAUAGCUGGAGAAGGGAUGAUUAUAACAGCAGGAGCAAUAGACUGCCAUGUUCAUUUCAUAUGCCCUCAAUUGGCAUAUGAAGCAAUUUCAAGUGGGAUUACAACAUUAAUUGGAGGUGGGACUGGACCUGCUGAUGGUACUCGUGCAACAACAUGCACACCAGCACCAUCACAAAUGAAAUUGAUGCUGCAGUCAACUGACGAUUUGCCCCUAAAUUUUGGUUUCACUGGAAAAGGUAACACCUCAAGACCUGAGGCGCUGCAUGAAAUAAUUAAGGCUGGAGCAAUGGGGCUGAAGCUGCAUGAGGACUGGGGAACUACCCCUGCUACUAUAGACAAUUCUUUGGCUGUUGGCGAUGAGCAUGAUAUCCAGGUUAAUAUUCACACUGAUACAUUAAACGAAUCUGGAUUUGUGGAACAUACUAUUGAGGCUUUUAAAGGAAGAACUAUCCAUACUUAUCACAGUGAAGGUGCUGGGGGUGGUCAUGCUCCAGAUAUCAUCAAAGUAUGCGGGGUUAAAAACGUUCUGCCUUCAUCAACAAACCCUACCCGGCCUUUUACUUCCAAUACCAUUGACGAACAUCUGGAUAUGUUGAUGGUCUGUCAUCACCUUGAUAAGGAUAUUCCAGAAGAUUUAGCUUUUGCUGGAUCAAGAAUAAGGGCAGAAACUAUAGCUGCAGAAGAUAUAUUGCAUGACAUGGGAGCAAUCAGCAUAAUAUCUUCUGAUUCACAGGCCAUGGGUCGUAUAGGAGAGGUCAUUUGCAGAACCUGGCAGACAGCCCAUAAGAUGAAGUCGCAAAGGGGGUCAAUUGACCCUAAUGGACUGGAAAGCGACAACCUUCGUAUCAGGAGAUACAUCGCAAAGUACACUAUAAAUCCAGCCAUAGCUAAUGGCAUUUCUCAUUUGGUUGGAUCAGUUGAGGUUGGAAAAUUGGCUGAUUUGGUUUUAUGGAAGCCUUCCUUCUUUGGGGCAAAGCCUGAAAUGGUGAUUAAAGGUGGCACAAUUGCAUGGGCAAAUAUGGGUGAUCCAAAUGCAAGCAUUCCCACUCCCGAGCCGGUAUUUAUGCGGCCCAUGUUUGGAGCUUUUGGCAAGGCUGGAAGUGCAAAUUCUAUUGCCUUCGUGAGCAAGGCAGCUGCAAAUGCUGAUGUAAAGGCCCUAUAUGGACUUGAGAAGAAGGUGGAAGCUGUAAGGAAUGUCAGGAAGCUAACUAAAUUGGAUAUGAAGCUGAAUGAUGCGCUUCCAAGUAUCACCGUGGACCCGGAGACUUACACAGUGAUCGCCAAUGGCGAGGUCCUCACAUGUGCUGCAGCCUCUACAGUUCCCCUGUCUCGGAACUACUUCCUUUUUUAGGGACUUACCAGUCUCUCUCCCCGUCUCAAGGAAAAGAAAGAAAAAAACCUGACGCAUAGAAUCGGUGUCCCACAAGCAAUGAUGGAAUCUUGAAUUUGGAAAUGGCCCGUUAGCUCACAAGAGUUGGUCUGGUUGGUCUGUUUCAUUGACCCACCGUGAGAAUUUCCAACUUAUGAAAGGGAAUCUACGAAACUGGUGUUCUUGAAUGCUGAGCAACUUUGUGGAGUGAACCUGUUGAAGAAGAAAUCUACUAGGUUCGUUCUUGGCGUGGAAAGUUUGAUACUGUGUUGAUCGAGAUGGUAACUGCUGAUCUUUGGAUGAUAUCAUCAAUUAAGACAUUAACUCCAGUUUUUGGAGUUCAUUCUGCUU